CACACUCAGCACACCUGUCUUGUGCUCCUUGCAGGUGUUGAGGCUCCAGGUUAGGUGGGUCAGGCCUCCACCCGCUGUCCACCAUGGUGGUGGCACACCCUACUGCCACCACUACCACCACACCUGCUGCCACCGUCACAGCCACUGUCGUGAUGACCACAGCCACCAUGGACCUGCGGGACUGGCUGUUUCUCUGCUAUGGCCUCAUUGCUUUCCUCACGGAGGUCAUCGACAGCACCACCUGCCCGUCGGUGUGCCGUUGCGACAAUGGCUUCAUCUACUGCAACGACCGGGGACUCACAUCCAUCCCCUCAGACAUCCCUGAUGAUGCCACCACCCUCUACCUACAGAACAACCAGAUCAACAACGCAGGCAUCCCUCAGGACCUCAAGACCAAGGUCAAAGUGCAGGUCAUCUACCUGUACGAGAACGACCUGGACGAAUUCCCCGUCAACCUGCCCCGCUCCCUCCGAGAGCUACAUCUUCAGGAUAACAACGUGCGCACCAUUGCCAGGGACUCGUUGGCUCGCAUCCCGCUGCUGGAGAAGCUGCACCUGGAUGACAACUCCGUUUCCACCGUGAGCAUCGAGGAGGAUGCUUUCGCUGACAGCAAGCAGCUCAAGCUACUUUUCCUGAGCCGGAACCACCUGAGCAGCAUCCCGUCGGGGCUGCCACACACCCUGGAAGAGCUGCGGCUGGAUGACAACCGCAUCUCCACCAUCCCGCUACAUGCAUUCAAGGGUCUCAACAGCCUGCGGCGCCUGGUUCUGGAUGGCAACCUGCUGGCCAACCAGCGCAUCGCUGAUGACACCUUCAGCCGCCUGCAGAACCUCACAGAGCUGUCGCUAGUACGAAACUCGCUGGCUGCCCCGCCCCUCAACCUGCCCAGUGCCCACCUGCAGAAGCUCUACCUGCAGGACAACGCCAUCAGCCACAUCCCCUACAACACACUGGCCAAGAUGCGGGAGCUGGAGAGGUUGGACCUGUCCAAUAACAACCUCACCACACUGCCUCGAGGCCUGUUUGAUGACCUGGGGAACCUGGCACAGCUGCUUCUCAGGAACAACCCCUGGUUCUGUGGCUGUAACCUCAUGUGGCUGCGGGACUGGGUGAAGGCACGGGCUGCGGUGGUCAAUGUGCGGGGCCUCAUGUGCCAGGGCCCUGAGAAGGUCCGGGGCAUGGCCAUCAAAGACAUCACCAGCGAGAUGGACGAGUGCUUUGAGGCGGGAUCGCAGGGCAAUGCGGCCAACGCUGCUGCCAAGACCACAGCCAGCAACCACGCCUCCGCCACCACGCCCCAGGGCUCUCUGUUUACCCUCAAGGCCAAGAGGCCAGGACUGCGCCUCCCCGACUCCAACAUUGACUACCCCAUGGCCACCGGUGAUGCUGCCAAGACAUUGGUCAUCCAGGUGAAGCCACUGACGGCAGACUCCAUCCGAAUCACAUGGAAGGCCAUGCUACCUGCCUCCUCUUUCCGGCUCAGUUGGCUGCGUCUGGGCCACAGCCCGGCUGUGGGCUCUAUCACAGAGACCCUGGUGCAGGGGGACAAGACAGAGUACCUGCUCACAGCCCUGGAGCCCAAGUCCACCUACAUUAUCUGCAUGGUCACCAUGGAGACUGGCAACACCUAUGUGGCUGAUGAGACACCUGUGUGUGCCAAGGCAGAGACGGCUGAUAGCUACGGCCCUACCACCACGCUCAAUCAGGAACAGAAUGCUGGCCCUAUGGCAGGGCUGCCCCUGGCUGGCAUUAUUGGUGGGGCCGUAGCUCUUGUCUUUCUCUUCCUGGUCCUGGGGGCCAUCUGCUGGUACGUGCACCGCGCUGGUGAGCUGUUGACCCGAGAGAGGGUCUACAACAGGGGUAACCGGAAAAAGGAUGACUACAUGGAGUCAGGGACCAAGAAGGAUAACUCCAUUCUGGAAAUCCGAGGCCCAGGACUGCAGAUGCUACCCAUCAACCCAUACCGCUCCAAAGAGGAGUACGUGGUGCACACCAUAUUCCCUUCCAAUGGCAGCAGCCUCUGCAAGGGCGCCCACACUAUUGGCUAUGGCACCACACGGGGCUACCGGGAUGGUGGCAUCCCUGAUGUGGACUACUCCUACACAUGAAGCUGGCCACUCCCAGUGUGCUCACACGGCUCUGUCUAGUCCGCUGCAAUACCAGGAGCCAGGAAGAGAAACUCCGCAGUGACUUUCCCAGCAGAGAGCAAAGUUUGGGGAGGGUUGGUGAACACAAUAGUAGGGUUAAAAUUUUUUUUUUAAACACAUAGAAGGCAAGAGGGAAAUUCAACAUUGUUGGAGACAUAAUUUAUACCGGAUCACGAGAGUUAGGACUAAUAAUCUAGCAGGAAAGGUUGGAUUGGGACUUUUUUUUUUUCUUGAACCAGAUCGAUACUACCUGUACAACAUUUGUGUACACCUCGAGCUCCAUCCAGGGCCAUCGGAAAGAAACAGACGACCAAUAGACAUGAUGGCAUGGAGCCCCCCAGCAGCCAUCCUGCUGCCUGCUCACGGUGACAGCUCAGUGAAAAGGUUUCCAGUUCCUCACAAAAGAGCCAGCGGAAGAAGACUUUUUGCUACGGAGAUACUGUCCUGAAAUCUCUUCCCUGGUUCUUUCCAUGCUGUUUUCUUUCCAGAUCUGCAGAAAUAUGGCGUUCUCCGUGGUAUUCUCCGAACAAUACCAUAGUCAAUUAAAAAACAAAAACAAAAACAAAAACCAGUCGAACUUUUCCUUCCAGUGCCGAGCGCUUCGGUUGCAGUCACCGAACUCCGCAGAAGCUCUGACAGAAGCCGUAGCUUUCCCUGCCACGUGGAGGCGCAUCUGUCUGCCCGCCUAUUGCCAUGUCACGUGUCUCAGUACAGAUGGGUAGAUAGAGCUGCGUGUCUGUCCUCUCCGCACUUCUUGGGUCAGUCCUUGACAUUUCCUCAGACAAUAGAAUUGCAAAAAUUUUGCUUUCUCCUAGAAAUCAUUGAGUAAGUAAGUAGACCAUGUGUGGGAUGAGAGUGAGGUGGAGGGGAGGGGCCUCAGCCAGGUGGUAGGAGGGGCCUCAGCC